GAAAGGCAAAGAUGUGCCUCCAUCCUUCAAGCACUUCUUCAGCAGCGCCGUUGCCCUCAGCUACAUCAACCUUUCAGGAACCAAACUCCCUCCAGAGGCCUUGAACUCACUACUGGUCCCUCUCAGGUCUGGGGGGUCACAGAUCCUGGAGGGAUGCAUCGCUGAGCUCCCCAACAUCUCCAGUCUGGACAUCUCUGAUAACGGUCUGGACUCUGACCUGUCCACUCUGCUGGUGUGGCUGGCCAAGAACCGAUCCAUCCGACACCUCUCACUGGGGAAGAACUUCAACAACAUCAAGUCCAAAAAUCUGGCCCCUGUCCUGGACAAUCUGGUUCAUAUGAUUCAGGAAGAGGAAUCG